GGCCCAGACUCUUACGGCAUCAGUCAAUUUAACCACGCCAGUCGGGCUAUCGACGCCCAUUACGGCUCAAAUACGAGGGAUUCUUCCAAAUAAAUCGAUCGCCAUUAUGAUUGUCGCCACCACGCUGCCCCUUUUACGCUUUUCAUGCUCAAUAGUAGUUGGACUCAGGCCCCUCUAGAAAUUCCACCGCAACAUGGAAGUAUAGAUCGCUGAUGGACUGCUCAGUGGAAGGAAGUUGGAGCCCGUUGAACUCUCCCCAGAUAAGGAGGCAGAUAGCAGCCUUGCAGUGUACUAACAAUCGCUCAGCCUCAGGAUACUUGCAGCCACCAGAGCCGACAGAGGCGAUACCUCAAUCGAUGAUGGUCGGUUACUCCAACAUGAAUCCCAUCAGUCCCUCGGAUGAUUCGCCGAGUCCUAGGCAAGUUACUGUCCUCAAUCGGCCGUGAGGAAUUUCCUGUAUGCCUCCGACAAGUCCCCGCAAAUGGUCUUGUGCAUCUCCAACGCCCAUGAUGUGGGGUUUGACAACCUAUAUCAUUGUCGUGCUUGUGGGUUGUUCGCAAUUUAUCAAGCUGUGUCGCUGUAAGACAUCAUUAAAAGAGCAGAACUCCUCCCUGGACAGACACCAUGGCGCCGAAAACCUUGAACGAUCUCAAACGCAAAGAUCUAUUCCAAACCAAAGGCUACAUCAACGAAGAAUGGGUCGACGCCGUGUCUGGCAAGACGUUCGACGUCUACGAUCCAGCCACCCUCGACAAGAUUGCCACGCUCCCCGAAAUGGGCGCCGAAGACACUAAUAAAGCCAUCGAAUCCGCCCACGCAGCCUUCAAGACAUUCAAGAAAUCCAGUGCCCGCCAAAGAGCUCGCUGGCUGCGCAAGUGGAGCGACUUGUGCCUCGAACAUGCUGACGACCUCGCAUUGAUUCUGACCCUGGAGAAUGGCAAAACUCUGACUGAAGCCAAAGGGGAGGUGACCUAUGCUGCCUCCUUCCUGGAGUGGUUCGCCGGUGAAGCUGAGCGUACUCACGGCGAGGUCGUUCCUCCCGCGAACCUCAACCAGCGCAUCUUGACGUUCAAGCAGCCCAUCGGUGUUGCGGCAUGCCUGGCUCCAUGGAACUUCCCCAUCGCCAUGAUCACGCGCAAGGUCGGUGCGGCACUUGCAGCAGGGUGCACUACCGUCUGGAAACCGGCUGGUGAGACGCCUCUUAGCUGUCUUGCCCAGGCGGUUCUCGCGCGCGAAGCUGGCUUGCCCAAGGGCUCGUUCAACGUGAUCACGACACUCAACCUUGUCAACGAAGUCGGCGAGGCGCUGUGUAAGAACAAGCUCGUCCGCAAAUUGAGCUUCACGGGCAGCACUCGUGUUGGCAAGAUCCUUGCGAAACAAUGCAGUGACAGCCUCAAGAAACUGUCGCUCGAGCUUGGUGGAAAUUCGCCCCUGAUUAUAUUUUCGGAUGCGAAGAUUGAGACUGCGAUUGAAGCCUGUAUUCUGGCCAAGUUCAGAAACUCGGGACAGACUUGCGUGACGGCGAACCGCAUCUUUGUGCAGAAAGGGAUUUACGACAAAUUUGCCGAGGCACUGACCGAGAAGAUCAAGACGUUGAAGGUCGGCCCAGGCACGGAAGAAGGAGUGUUCGUAGGGCCGUUGACGCAUGAGCGUGCAGUUGAGAAGGCCAUGAACCAUAUCAAUGAUGCUAAAAAACAUGGCGGUCAAGUCGUCUUGGGAGGAGGACCCAUGGAGGGUAUGAAGGGAUAUUUCCUCCAGCCAACCGUCAUCAAACAUAUGAAACCAGAAAUGAUAACGACUCGUGAAGAAACUUUUGCUCCGGUGGUCGGUCUGUAUGAGUUUGACACUGAGGAACAAGUCGUGGAUAUGGCGAAUGAUUGCGAUGUCGGCUUGGGAAGCUUUAUCAUCACCGAGAACAUGGCCAGAGCCUUCCGGGUCACUGAGGCCUUGGAGGUCGGUAUGGUGGGCGUCAAUCUCGGCUUGUUGAGUGCCUGUGAGAGUCCAUUCGGUGGUGUGAAGGAGAGUGGCUAUGGCCGAGAAGGCGGACGGCAGGGUAUCGAGGAGUAUCUGAGCGUCAAGUCGAUGUUGAUAAACGUUGCCAAUUAGUUUGGUGGAAUUGGUCCCGUCGUGGAUGUCGAAAACAACAUGCAUUCAUUCUUUCUUCUUCAGCAUCUUUGAUUUCUGCUGACUCCCUGCACGGAGUUCUCGGUAGAACAACAAUGAAUAUCCCGUCAAAAGCAC